AUUUGUCAACAAAUCAUUGACUACAGAGCAAGAAAUUUCAAGAAAACUAUGUACUCUGGACAUAAACAUUUUCCCUGCAGAAACAAUGCCUUGUAAAUUUGACACUACAGGGUCUACUUACUUGCUUCUUAGCUCAUUGACCCCACACUGUCAAUAUUCAAGAAAGAAGGCUUAUGAGCUUAAUGUAUGUGAGAACUGGCUCCUCAGUAUUAAGGAUCACAGAACUAAUACUGGAGAGAAAUCUUUUGUUUAUAGUAAAAGUGUGAAAGCCUUUGGACAUAAAGACAAAGUUAUUCAGCAUCAGACAAUUCAGACUUUACAGCAAACUUUUGAAUAUAAUGAAUGUGGAAAAGAUAUUCUUGAAAAGACUGCCCUUGUUACAUCUAAGAAUACCCACCCAAAAGUGAAAUCUUAUAAAUUCAAUAAAUUUGGGGAAAACCAAUAUGAUAAAUCAACCUUGAUAAUCUCUCAGAGCAAUCAUCCAGAGGAGAAGAGUCACUACGAGUUUAAUAAAUAUGAAUAUACUAUUGAUAAAAACAGAAAUAAUUUCAGUAGGAUCACUCAAAGAACUGACACAGAAGGGAAAUCUUUUAGCCAAAAAUUACACAUUAGAGAACAGCAAAAAAUUCAUAUAGGGGUGAAACCCUUUGAAUAUGGAAAGAAUUUCAGCCAUAAUUCAACCCUCCCAAUGCAUCAGAGAAUUCACACAAUAGACCAGUCCUCUGACUAUGGCACAUGUACAGAAUCAUUGGCUUACCAGUCAACUUUCAAUGUACAUAAGAGAACGCAAAUAACAGUGAAACCCUAUGAGUGUAAUGAAUGUGGAAAAUCCUGCACUAUGACUUCAUGCCUGAUUCAGCCUCAGAAAAGUCACACAGAGGAGAAACCCUAUGAAUGUCAUGAAUGUGGGAAAGCUUUCAGUGAGAAGUCACGCCUAAGAAAACAUCAGAGAACUCACACAGGAGAGAAACCCUAUAAAUGUGAUGGAUGUGAGAAAGCUUUCAGUGCAAAGUCAGGCCUAAGAAUACAUCAGAGAAUUCACACAGGAGAGAAACCUUUUGAAUGUAAUGAAUGUGGGAAAUCUUUCAACUAUAAAUCAAUCCUCAUAGUACAUCAGAGAACUCACACGGGUGAGAAACCCUUUGAAUGUAAUGAAUGUGGAAAAUCUUUCAGCCAUAUGUCAGGCCUAAGGAAUCAUCGGAGAACUCACACAGGAGAAAGACCAUAUAAAUGUGAUGAAUGUGGGAAAGCUUUCAAACUGAAGUCAGGUCUAAGAAAACAUCAUAGAACUCAUACAGGGGAGAAGCCCUAUAAAUGUAAUCAAUGUGGGAAAGCAUUCGGUCAGAAAUCACAACUCAGAGGACAUCAUAGAAUUCACACAGGGGAGAAACCCUAUACAUGUAAUCAUUGUGGGGAAGCCUUUAGCCAGAAAUCAAACCUCAGAGUACAUCACAGAACUCACACGGGGGAGAAACCCUAUAAAUGUGAUGAGUGUGGAAAAACUUUCAGGCAGAAAUCAAAUCUCAGAGGACAUCAGAGAACUCACACAGGGGAGAAACCCUAUGAAUGUAGUGAAUGUGCCAAAGCUUUCAGUGAGAAGUCAGUCCUAAGAAAACAUCAGAGAACUCACACAGGAGAGAAACCCUAUAAUUGUAAUCACUGUGGAGAAGCUUUCAGCCAGAAAUCAAACCUCAGAGUACAUCAGAGAACUCACACGGGGGAGAAACCCUAUAAAUGUGAUAAAUGUGGGAAAACUUUCAGCCAGAAAUCAAGCCUUAGAGAACAUCAGAAAGCCCACACAGGGAACUAAACAUAUAAAUGUAAUGAAUAUGGAAAAGCUCUGAGCUGGAAAUCAAGUCUCACAAUACAAAAUAAAACAUGUAGGAGAGAACCCCUAUGAAUAUAAUGAACACUUGGAAGUUUCUCUGCAAGAUACCAGCUUUCAUUAAACAUCAGAGAACUUACACAAUAGAGAAAUUCUUGGAAUAUAUUUUACACGGGCAGUCUCAUCUUGAGUGCAGUCCUCAUUGUAGAUCAGAGAAUUCAAUCCAGCAAAGAAACUCUGUAAACAUAAUGAAUAUAAGAAAUACUCUGUGCAUUCAAUCCUUGGAAAACUCACACUGCAGAAGAACCCUGGGAAUGUAAUGAAAAUGUCAAAACUUUGUCCCAGCAAUCAAAAUUCAUUCAUCAUCAGAGAAAUCAAACAGAAAAUUGAGAAUGUAAUAAAUGUGAGAUAACCUUUAGCCAAAAGCCAGCUUUCUCAGUAAAGCAGAAAAUACAUAGAGACCUCACAGUAUAUCAGAACAGACAAGAAAUCAGGGUAAUGGAUGUGGGGAAUCCUUCUACUAUAAGUCAAACCUCAAUUUGACUAACACAAGGUAAUAACUAUAUGACAUAUAAUGACUAUUAAUUGUUCACCAAUAACCAUUUCCUUUUUUCUCAUGCCACACCUCAUCUAAAUUUCUCAACUACUCUGUCAUCCAAAUGAGAUCAUAUUUUUAACCUCUGGAUAGUGAAAUUUAGAGGUCAACGACAAGUCUUACUAAAUACACCUCUCAAAUUCUUAAUGUUUUCUCCUGUCCCUUGUCAGAAUGGAGUGGAGAUCACCCCCAGCAAAACCAAAGGGGCUCGUGCACAGAAGAUGAAAGAUUACAAAGUAGAAAGAAACAGGGCCAAAGAGUGACUGUUGAAUGAAAUUUUCUUCUGCAUGUACACAGACAUUUUGCUGUGAUGAAAUAAACUUGUUCUCUGCUGGGCUUCUA